AUGUAGGCGGGGCUGAAUGGUGUGGUGAGCCCCCCGCACCUGGCCCAGCCCUUUGACCGGCUGCAGCAGUACGGCCUCGGAGGCAGCGUGAGGGGCAGGGUGCUGUACGUCAUGCCCCUCAGCAAGGUGGUUCAUCUCACCCUCCAGAAGAAUGUCUGCACCACGGGCCUUGCCAAGGACCCCAGGGAUGGACAUGAGAUUGGAGACAUCGUUCAAGAGGCGGAGAUCUACAAGUCCUCGCCCAGUGGCAUAUUCCUGAGUUUAGGCGGCAAGGCUCGAGGGUUUUGCUCGGCCAACCACAUUAGCGACAACACCAAGGUCCUCAUGCACAUCAACCGAGACUUCCGGGUGGGCAAGAAGGUCCCGUGUCGCCUCCUCAAGUACAACCACAUGGACCAACUCUUCAUUGUCACACUGCAGAAGUCUGUCUUCGAGCGGCAGUUCAUUGCCUACAGUGAGCUGCAGCCCGGGCAGGUUGUGCAGGCCACCGUCAACAGCUACGACAGCAACGGCGCACGGCUGGCGGUGAGCAAGCUGAUGAGCGGCCACGUGCCCUCACUGCACCUCACGGACGGCCCCAUGAAGCACCCCGAGCAUCGUGGGGACCAGGUCACCGCCAGAGUGCUCAAGGUCAACCAGAGACAGCACCUUCUCCUGGUCAAGUCCCAGCUGGUUACAGCCUGA